UUUCAUAAAAAAAUUUGCCUUUAAAUUAAGCUCACUUCAUACCACCAAAUUAUUUCUUAAUUUCCACUCUUUGAAGACUUUUGUCUGUAUUGUUCUUAACCCAUCAUCAUUCAUGGAGCAUCAAGAAUCAGAUGAAAAUAGCAGCAGUGACUUUAAGGUUCAUGUGUUCUCGUCAUCUUCCGAGUUGCUUGAAAGCCUACAUGAGAAGUUGAGUUCAGUGAAGAAACAGCCUUACCCUGCAAUGUAUUCCAGUGUAUAUGGUGGAAUUAUUCUUGACCCUGCAAUGAUGGUAAUUCCAAUAGAUGAUCAUAUGGUUCAUCGAGGGCAUGGCGUUUUCGAUACAUCCAUUAUUUUUGAUGGAUAUCUAUAUGAGUUGGAUGCUCAUUUGGACCGCUUUCUACGAUCAGCGUCACAGGCAAGGGUAUCCUCUCCCUUCCCUCGCUCGACACUUCGAAGCAUUCUAAUUCAAAUGACAUCGGUAUCUAAAUGCAAGAAAGGAACUUUGAGAUUUUGGUUAAGUGCAGGCCCCGGAGACUUCUUGCUGUCACCUGCAAAAUGCCCGCGUCCUGCAUUCUAUGCUGUAGUUAUCGAUGAUGACUUCUCUCAGUGCAAAGAAGGUGUUAAAGCGAUAACAUCCACAAUUCCGAUGAAGUCCUCUCUCUUUGCAACGAUGAAGAAUGUGAACUAUCUACCAAAUGUCCUGUCCGUAAUGGAAGCCGAAGAUAAUGGCGCAUUUUCUUCAAUUUGGGUCGAUGAUGAAGGCUAUAUCGCUGAGGGUCCAAAUGUUAACGUUGCUUUCAUAACUCAUGAUAAGGAGCUUAUCUUGCCUGUUUUCGAUAAGAUUCUCAGUGGCUGCACCGCAUUAAGACUUCUUCAAUUAGCAACUAAAUUGGUGGAACAAGGGCGGUUGAAUCACAUUACAACCGGUAAUAUUACUGCGGAGAAGGCUAAAGGAGCAGCUGAAAUGAUGUAUGUUGGAAGUACCCUUCCCCUGUUGCCCAUUAUUAUGUGGGAUGAGCAACCCAUUGGAGAUGGUAAGGUGGGGGAGCUGACAAUGGCACUCUCUGAUCUGCUAUGGGACGAUAUGGUUACAGGUACCGGAAUGCAGAGGGUGGCUGUUCCUUAUGAGUAAGAGACUAUAAACCAAAGAGUUCAGCUCUAACUUAUCUUCCAAUGUAACUUGUUGAACAACUCAUGUUGUUUCUUCAUUCUUCAUUCAAUAAAUCAAUUGAAGCUUUGCUGUG